UCCUGACAGCAAAGAGAAGUGGAGGUGUGGGGCAAGGGGAAAUAAAGUAUGUUUUUGGAAGGGGGAUAUGGCUAUCCCAGAUAAAAAAUUGGCGGGUGUCAGACUUGCCUCUUGCUCACCUCCUAUGCUCCUGCCAUAGUGGGACAGAUUUGGUUUCCUCUGUCAAAAAGGCAGGAUUUGCUCAUGUCCUCUGCUCCAAAGAGAGCAUUGUCUUUUGUACUCAGGACUCCUUGUAGGUGGCAUAUCAGGUUUACAGACCCUGCCUGAGUUGGGUUUUAAAAGCCGGAGGAGCUGGGAGUCACUGUCUCAUCUUCUUGGAGCAGGUCACCUGUGUCCUAUCCUCUCCACCAUGGAUUUUGGUUUCACCCAGGAGCAAGUGGCGUGCGUGUGUGAGGUAUUGCAGCAAGGGGGCAACAUCGAGCGUUUGGGCCGGUUCCUUUGGUCAUUGCCAGCCUGUGACCACCUGCACAAGAACGAGAGUGUCCUGAAGGCCAAAGCCGUGGUGGCUUUCCACCGAGGAAACUUCCGGGAGCUUUACAAGAUUUUGGAGAGCUACCAGUUCUCACCGCACAAUCACCCCAAGCUACAGCAACUGUGGCUCAAGGCCCACUACAUCGAAGCCGAGAAGUUGCGUGGAAGACCAUUAGGGGCUGUGGGGAAAUACAGGGUGCGACGUAAGUUUCCCCUGCCGCGGACCAUCUGGGAUGGAGAGGAGACAAGCUACUGCUUCAAGGAAAAAUCCCGGAGUGUGUUACGGGAAUGGUACAUCCACAAUCCCUAUCCAUCUCCUCGGGAGAAGAGGGAACUGGCAGAUGCCACUGGAUUGACCUCUACCCAGGUCAGCAACUGGUUCAAGAACCGACGCCAAAGGGACCGGGCAGCAGAGACCAAGGAAAGGGAAAACAGCGAAGGUGGCUCUCUGAAGGAAGGAAGGGACCUGCCACGAGAGAGACACGUUAUCCUCAGCUCCGAUGAUGAGAGCUCCCCCAUUGACAGCCCAGCAGCUCACGGAUCCAGUCCCUCCCUGAUCUACCCUGGCUUGCCACUAUCGGAUCCAAUGGGAAACUCUGCUCAUGGUGCCCAAAUGAUGGAUUUUCUGCAACACCAGCCUCUCCAGAACAGCCUCCUGGGACCCCUCACUUCCACUCUUGUCGAUUUGGGAUCCUGAAACAGUACAGCGUGGAAAACACAACCUCUAUUUCCCUGCAUGCAUUGCCAAUGGACUCCUCCUUUGUUCUAAUGCUUUCAAAUAUUGACUGGCAUCCUGUACACAGUUAUGCAUUUGUAACUGUUCCACAUUCAGUAACACUACAUAGUCAUGUUGUUGUUGUGUGCCUUCAAGUCGUUUCUGACUCAUGUGCCUCCCCAAAUGACAAACCCCAGGAUUCCA